AUGCCUCCAGCUAUUCAACAUGAUCACAAAGGGUUAACACGCCAAGAGUUCGAGGAAUUGAAAACAAAAGCUCUGGAAGCAAGAGAUUUAUCGUAUUCGCCAUAUUCAAAGUUCAGGGUCGGAUGUUGUAUUCUAACAAAUUCUGGGAAAUACUUCCAAGGUGCCAAUGUUGAAAAUGCAUCUUAUGGCGCCUCAAUUUGUGCAGAAAGAACAACAAUUUGCUCAGCAAUUAUACAGAAAGAAAAAAGCUUCAAGGCAAUUGGGAUCUCAAGUGACUUAGAAGAAGUUAUUACUCCUUGCGGGAUAUGUAGGCAGUUUAUCAGGGAGUUUGGGAAGACAAUCCCAAUUUACAUGUUCAAAAGUAACGGUGACUUCAUCAAGAUGUCUUUGGAAGAAAUUUUGCCAUUGAGCUUUGGACCAGAGCAAUUGUCAUGA